GUUUAAAUGGGGACCUAUUUAGCCUGGGUUAGUUCGGUGCCGAUUGAGGAGGGAAACUUCAGGGGGCUUUGUCCCGAGACAGGAGACGCGGAUACUAAGCUGUAGUUUGCUUUUUGUGAACUAUCUGAGUGUUUCUGGCAAGCUUUUGCGGCUUGAGGUGCUGGUUCUGAAAAAAUUCCAACUUGGAAGUUUGAUGCUGAACUGUCGUCUUGCCAGGCCAUCUCUGAGAAGAAGAGUUUACAGUUCGGACUAAUUGACUGGAUGCAUCAGAACUGACGAUUCAUUUCGGUUAGACUUGGGCAGUGCUCGGUUUAGCUCAAGUUUAUCAGAGCAUCAGUCCAUCAAAGUUCUUCUGAGCCAAGAAGUUACUGCAGUGCAGUAAUAGGAAAGUGAGCAUGUCUGGUAUAGCUUUGAGUAGACUUGCGCAAGAAAGAAAAGCCUGGAGAAAAGACCAUCCUUUUGGUUUUGUUGCAGUACCAACAAAAAAUCCAGAUGGUACGAUGAACCUUAUGAACUGGGAGUGCGCUAUUCCAGGAAAGAAGGGAACACCUUGGGAAGGUGGCUUGUUCAAGCUAAGAAUGCUGUUUAAGGACGACUAUCCUUCUUCGCCACCGAAAUGUAAGUUUGAACCUCCUUUAUUCCAUCCUAAUGUAUAUCCUUCAGGCACUGUGUGUCUGUCUAUUCUAGAGGAAGACAAAGAUUGGAGGCCAGCUAUCACAAUCAAACAGAUCUUAUUGGGAAUACAGGAACUUCUAAAUGAACCAAAUAUUCAAGAUCCAGCCCAAGCAGAAGCCUAUACAAUCUACUGCCAAAACAGAGUUGAAUAUGAAAAGAGGGUCAGAGCACAAGCCAAGAAGUUUGCACCAUCAUAAACAUGCUCUUAUAUGUGGAGAAGAAAAUUUAAACUAAAUGAGGGAAGGGAUUGGUUUAGCUGGAACUUUGUUUACAAAUUAUCACGAUUUGAAUUGAUAUUCACUCAACUAAAAUAAAUGGGGGACGGGUGUAUGUGUGCCAUCUGCCAUAUUUCCCACUUGCAUACAAAUUUCAGAUUUGCUAAGUUGCCCUAGAUUCACAGUCUCUUCCUUCAGUCUUUUGUAUUUUUGAUUGUUAUGAUGUAAAACUUGCUUUUAUUUUAAUAUUGAUGUCAGUAUUUCAACUGCUGUAAAAUUAUAAACCUUUUAUACUUCCUAUAAGUACACUAGUAUCUAUAGAUUCCUUUGCUGUCUGGUGCAGGCAUGCUUUAAAGUGGACAUCUCUUGCUGGCUUGAAAAUGUACUCAAGUCUCCCCAGCACCAAAAUUAAACUGGGUUGUGUUGCUCAAGAGCCAUGAAGAUAGAUUUGGCCAGCAUCUUGUUUUGCAUCAGUUUCCUUGUGUUUAUAUGGCGUUUUGUCUGUGUUGCUGUUUAGAGUAAAUAAACUGUUUAUAUAAAAAUA